AGUUGGAGCAACAUGUUGUGUCAGGAUACGUAAGCAGAGGGAUGGCACAGUGACAAACUCAGCCAAGGGGAUGCAACUGGAGUUAAGCACUGGAUCUCUCAGCUGAUAUUCACCAUGUUACAGGCAAUGAGAGAGCAAGAUAACGCUGAAGCAGUCGCGUGUGUGCGUGGCGGGACAGAAUUAUGAGUGUAUCUGGGACAUGGACAUGCCAGUAGUAGAGGACGGGGACAGCUGUGGCAUUCCCUGGGUGAGACACUGAGGCAGCGGGAGGGACGUUUGGGUUCCUCUCAUCUUUCCAGCUCCAGCUUAACCAUGAGAGUGGCCCUCCUGGCCUUAAGACUGAUGUGCUUGGCCUGGUUGUGGCCUGUCACUCAGCUCAACAGCAGCCAGUUCCCGAACAAGAGGAGGCAGAAGGAGGUGUACGUUGGAGAGAACACAAAACAAAAGCAUGGAGGGCGAGUGGAUCUUAAGAUUAAAAAGCUCGACAGCACCAAGUCUCUGCUAAUUAAAUCGGAGCAACUGCUUCGUAUUGAAGACCAUGACUUUGCUAUGCGUCCCGGCUUUGGAGGGUCAGCCAUUCCCGUGGGCAUUGAUGUCCAGGUGGAGAGCAUUGACAGUAUAUCUGAAGUAAACAUGGACUUCACCAUGACUCUCUACCUGAGGCAUUACUGGCAGGAUGAUCGCCUGGCAUUUCCCUCCAGCAACAACAAGAGUCGAACUUUCGACGCUCGUCUUGUUAAGAAGAUUUGGGUUCCAGAUGUGUUCUUUGUCCAUUCUAAGCGUUCUUUUAUCCAUGAUACAACCAUGGAGAACAUCAUGCUGAGGGUUUACCCUGAUGGCAACAUCCUCUACAGUGUCCGGAUCACUGUGACCGCUCUUUGCUCCAUGGACUUCAGCAGUUUCCCCCUGGACACACAGAACUGCUCUCUGGAGCUGGAGAGCUAUGCGUACAAUGAGAACGACCUAAUGCUCUACUGGAAAAAUGGAAACGAUUCAUUGAGGACAGAUGAGAUCGUGCUCUCUCAGUUUUUUGUCGAACAGUUCCAGCCUUCCUUUGGGCUUGCCUUCUACAGCAGCACUGGUUGGUAUAAUCGACUUUACAUAAACUUCAUUCUAAGGAGGCAUAUCUUCUUCUUCAUGCUUCAAACAUACUUUCCCACCAUGCUGAUGGUGAUGCUGUCCUGGGUGUCUUUCUGGAUAGACAGGAGGGCUGUCCCUGCCCGUGUCUCUCUGGGCAUCACCACAGUUCUAACAAUGUCCACCAUCAUCACUGGAGUCUCAGCCUCUAUGCCUCAGGUGUCUUACGUCAAAGCAGUGGACAUCUACUUGUGGGCAAGCUUCCUGUUCGUCUUUCUGUCAGUCAUUGAGUAUGCUGCAGUCAACUACUUCACCACGGUGGAGGAGAUGAAGAAGCUCAAGCAGACAAAAAUUCCCAGCUCCUUCAAUGCCACGCAGGCUAUGGCCUUUGAUGGGUGUUUCCAUGACAAUGACAUUGACCUGACGUCUUUCCCAGAGGUGGCCAGCACCCCAAACACUGAGAGGAACACCCAGUCCCGAAACUCCACUGUGUCUGGACCCACAGAAGGCACCAGGCUACGGCGCAGGCACCCUCUAAAACAAAACCUCAGCUUCAUAAUGAGCAACAGCUACAUGAUCGACUCGUACUCCAGAGUCAUAUUUCCCCUGGCUUACCUGCUCUUCAACAUAAUUUACUGGAGUAUGUAUGCAUAGGAUAUGAAUGCCAGCAGAAUAAACAGUGUACUUUUCUCAUCUGUUUUCACCAUCAAACUGGCUCAUAACUUGGUGAUGUAAAUAAAUGUAAAUACUCUGUUCUGUUAUGGGAUAUGACUUCCUAUUUGUGGAGUGUCUGUUGCUGAGCACAGACAUCUUUCAGCAUUUGUAAUGUGGAGAAAGUUGCAGCGAAGGGUUGUUAUUUUCAUGAAUUUUAAAGAGUGUUUUAGGCAUGCCUGUUUUAUAAGAGAAAGUAUUUAUUCAUAUAGAACACAAAAAGAUUUAAAUACAGUACAUGUCUUAAAAAAUAAAAGAAGAAGAACCGUCA